AUGGAUAAGACUGUCCUGGAUCCGAAGAGCUACACCAAGCUCUUUUUGAACGGCGAAUACGUCGCGGCCAAGGCCACAGAGACGUACAGCCUCAAAAACCCGAAGGAUAACACUGUUGUUGUCGAGAAUAUUCCAAUCGCUGGCCCUGAAGACGUCGACGCUGCAGUCAAAUACGCCGAAGAGGCUUUCCAAGGACCAUGGAGUCGAUUUACGGCCAUUCAACGUACCGAGUGUUUUCUCAAAUUGGCCACACUGCUCGACGAAGAGCUCAUACCGAUUCUCACCCUGGACUCACUCACCUCUGGAAUUCCAGUCUCCUUAGCCCCGAUUCGUGAGCGAAAUUAUAUCAGAAACUGUCUGCUGUAUUAUGCAGGAUGGACAGAUAAGCAGAGGGGUGACUAUUUUCCCGCCGAUGAUGGUUUUGUCAAGAUUGUCCGGCACGAGCCACUUGGGGUCUGUGCUGCCAUCAACCCCUUUAAUGCACCGGUAGCAACCUUUUUCCUCAAGGCUGCUCCGGCACUGGCCACUGGAAAUGUCUUGAUUGUGAAACCCAGCGAAAAGACACCCCUGGGGACAUUGGCUGUGGCAGCUCUCUUCGAAAAAGCAGGCUUCCCUCCUGGGGUUGUCCAAGUUCUUACAGGUCCUGGAUCUACUGGAGCCCUUCUUGCCGAACAUAUGAGGAUCCGCAAGGUCAGUUUUACCGGCUCGGUCGCCACGGGCAGGAAGAUUCAAGAGGCCGCCGCAAGAAGCAACUUGAAACGCGUCACCUUGGAGCUUGGAGGCAAGAGUCCAGCCGUGAUCUUUGAGGAUGCAAAUCUCGAGAAUGCGCUCACAUGGACAAUAAAUGCUAUCUUGACACGAAGUGGCCAGCUUUGCGUUGCCGCAUCGCGGGUGUAUGUUCAGAAGAGCAUCGCGGACAAAUUCAUCCAAGAAUAUAAGAAAAGGAUGGGAGACGCUGCGAACGACAUGGGUGAUCCUCAGGAUCCAGCUGUAAAGUGGGGGCCAAUGGUGGACGAGUCGCAGCUUGCGCGAGUUAAAUCGAUGGUGGAACGAGGAAAGACAGAGGCUGAAUUGAUAGUCGGAGGAGGCCAGCACGGAGAGACGGGGUGUUAUAUGGAGCCCACUGUGUUCUUGAACCCUAGAGACGAUGCGGAAAUCUACCGACGGGAGAUCUUUGGCCCAGUCAGUGUUAUCAAGACAUUCGAGACGGAGGAAGAAGUCCUCAGACUGGCUAACGAUACAGAGUUUGGUUUGAUGUCUGGUGUCUUCACUCGAGACAUUACACGAGCCCUCCGAGUGUCCGCAGCUUUGGAGUCGGGUGUCGUCGGCAUCAAUUGUAUCAGCCUGCAAAGCUUGCAAGCACCCUUUGGCGGCAAGAAACAGAGCGGCAUUGGGCGCGAAUUUGGAGAGUAUGCGUUGAGAUUGUUCACGGAACCGAAGACCGUCCUGAUCAACAUGGCCGCAUAA